AUGAUAGUUGUCUUUGUAUGUGUAAUCACAUUGUCGCAGAGUUUUAAGUGCGAGACGAUUGAUCUUACGAUUCCGGAUUCUUACGUCAAUGACUAUUAUUGUGACUGUCCUGAUGGGAGUGAUGAACGACAAACUGGAUUCUGCCCGGGCACUAUCUUUAAGUGCGAGAACGUCGGAUCGACAUCAAAGGAGAUUGACUCUCGUUUUGUUGGUGAUGGGAUAUGUGACUGCUGUGAUGGAUCUGACGAGGCACAAGGUGUUUGUGCGAACAGAUGCAAAGAAGAGACCCAAGGACACAUAGAUGAAGUGGAUAAGGAGAUUAAGACUAUAGAGUCGUUCAUACAAUUUAAUAGGAACUACCAGAGUGAAGGCAAAAAGACGAGAGAACACCUUCAGCAGACUCUUAAUGACAAGAAGACUGAAAUUGAAAGGAUGAAGGAAGAGAAGGUCGUCGAGACGUUGGACGAGGAAAUUAACAAGAUCAAAGAGGACAUCGAACAUGCGAAGACGCAGCACGAGGAACGGUUGGACCAAUUGGAAGACGAAUACAAAGACGUGUUAGAGAAAAACAACACACAGAACAAAACAGAAGACGUGAAAGAGGAAAUCGAACACAGUGGAGAUCAGUUGGAGACAAACAAGACGACCGAGAAAGAAAAGACUGAAGAGGAACUUCGACUCGAGGAGUAUCAUAGUAAAGUCGACGAAGAAAAGAAGACCUUUGAAGAAGACAAAAGAACCAAAGAGAAAGAAAAGAUGGAGAAAGAGAAGAAGCAGCGUGACAGGAAAUCGGAAAUCGAAAAGGCAGAGAAGACUCUUUGGGAGGUGGAACAAAAACAAAAGGCUAAAGUCCCGCUGAACUACUGCGACGAUUUCUUCUUCAUGAAUGAACUCACAAACAAUAGAUAUAAACUCUACUACGGAUUUAAUGUCACACAGAAUGGGAACAUCAAUAUCGGAAGCUAUGACAGAACAACAGAAGAAGGAGACGUGUAUAUCAAUGGGGAUAUCUGCAAAGUUGGAACCCUUGAAAUCAUUCGAAGUGCGACUGUGAGCAAAAGGUGUGGAGCGAAGCCUGAGAUUAUUAGCGCUGAGGAGCCUGAGACUUGCAAAUACAAAAUAGUGAUUAAUACGCCGUGUGCAUGCACAGAAGAGUCUUUGACAGAUUUGGUAUCAAAGAAGAGCAAACUUGAAGCCGUUCGAGAUCGCAAGAUAUAA